AGUUUGGUUUGGGUAACAUGUUUUAUAAUUUGAAGUCUGCAAUUUUCUUUCUGAAUUUUUGAGUUUAUUAUUAUUAUGUUAUAAAAAAGUACUCCUACAACAAAGUUGUAAUCAAAAUCAUAGAGCAAAUUGUCAAACUCUAAAACAUGGUUGGUCUGCCCCUCCUCUUCCUCCUCAUUAAAGUAUAUUUAAUAUAUAUACAUCAAAGUCCAUGAUGCCACACUCACACAUUAUUAAUCCAACUUUGCAUCACCUCACUUUCUGUGCCUAGAUAUUGUUUCCUAUUAUAAUCAAAGAUCAGAUUCACUAAUAAUGACAACCUUUUCCUUCUUCAAAUCACUUCUUUUCUUUCUUCUCACCAUUUCAGAUUCAUUUAUGCAAAUCAAUGGCCUAAGUUUUGGAAUAAACUAUGGACAAAUAGCAAGAAAUCUACCUUCUCAUUCAAGAGUUGCUAUGCUUAUAAGAUCAAUGAAUGUGACAAGAAUCAAACUCUAUGAUGCUGAUCCAAAUGUUCUACUUGCUUUCUCAAAAUCAAAUGUUGAAUUUGUUAUAGGAAUUGGAAAUGAGCAUUUACAAAAUAUGACAAACCCUUCUAAAGCUCAAAAUUGGAUUCAACAUCAUGUUCUACCUUACCUUUCACAAACCAAAAUAAAUUGCAUAACUGUUGGAAAUGAAGUAUUCAAUAGCAAUGAUACUCAAUUAAUUUUGAAUCUUCUACCUUCAAUGCAAAAUGUUCAUAAUUCUCUUGUUAAGCUUGGAUUAGACCAAGUAAUUACUGUUACAACAGCUCAUUCUUUUAACAUUUUGGAUAAUUCUUACCCUCCUUCGUCCGGUUCUUUUAGGUCAGAUUUGAUUCAAUAUAUUCAACCAAUUGUUGAAUUUCUUGAUGAAAUCAAAUCAUCUUUUCAUAUUAAUGCUUACCCUUUUUUUGCAUAUAAAGAUAACCCUAAUGAGGUAUCUUUAAACUAUGCAUUAUUUCAACCAAAUGAAGGUUUGGUUGAUCCAAACACAAAUUUGCAUUAUGAUAACAUGUUAUAUGCUCAAAUUGAUGCUGUUUAUGCUGCAAUCAAAGUGAUAGGGUAUACCAAUGUUGAAGUUAAGGUUUCUGAGACAGGUUGGCCUUCAAAUGGCGACGCCGAUGAAAUUGGUGCUACACCACAAAAUGCAAAAUUGUACAAUGGAAAUUUGCUUAGAAGAAUUGAGGAAAAACAAGGAACUCCUGGAAAACCAUUGGUUCCAAUUGAUGUAUAUGUUUUUGCACUUUUUAAUGAAGAUUUGAAACCUGGUCCUGCUUCUGAAAGAAACUAUGGACUUUAUUAUCCUGAUGGUAGCCCAGUUUAUAACAUUGGAUUGCAGGGUUAUCUACCACAAAUGGUUGUGCCAUCCAAAUCUAAUAUUUUGUCUUUCAAUGUUCUUGCAUGUAUAGUUACAUGCUUGAUCUUUGCUUUAGAGAUUUUAGAAUCAUGACCAGAACAAGGCAGGGCUCAAAGGAAGUAUAGGAAAUCCUAUACAUUAUUCUAUUUUCCAAUAGAGAGUUAUUCAAGGUGAGGGAAUAAUAUUCAAAUGUUUCCUAAAUAUCAUUUUUGUAAUUUCCUUGAAGUUUUUUUAGCAAGGUGAUUAAAGUUUUCUGAUUUACUAUUAAUUAUUUCUUAGAUACCACGUGGAUCAUAUGAACACUGAAUCUAUAGUGGACUGAAAAUGACUAUAUAUAAUAUAUAUCAGCUUGGGGUUUUCAAAUUUAGUUAUAUAUUUUAAGUCUAAA